AUGGCCGUCCACGCCGAGGGGAUCGUGGCUAUAGUGAUCUUCUACUUGCUUAUUCUGGGAGUGGGGAUAUGGGCGGCGUGGAAGAACAAGAACUCUGGGGUGUCGGAGGGCCAGGACCGCAGUGAAACCAUUAUGGUCGGCGGGAGGGACAUCGGGUUGUUCGUCGGUGGAUUCACAAUGACCGGUGAGUUGUGACAUGGUUCAAAUGUCUGGAGACUUCGCGACUUGGAGAGAGAUUGUGGCAGGGCUGGGUUGGCUUGGGGCCAACUCAGUUUUCAAUUCAGUGAAACAACAUUUAAUUCAUGAUUUGAAAACCUACCAUUGUUUUCUAUGAGGAUGGUUUAAAUUUAAAUGUAGACUUCUUCCUAAAUUGACUGAAUUGUUGGAGAGGACAUUGCACCUUGCUUUUAUUUCCAAAUAUUUCCGCUGUCAACUUUAGAGACAAUUUAGUGAUGGGGGAAUUUAAAUCAAUCAUGUUCCUCAUGACACAAUGGAAAUUGACGUAUUAAGACAAAUGCCUGUGUGACUGUUUUUCCCCAUACAGCAGUCAGACCAGCACCGCGGACCGGUUUUACGCACGGACCUUUAUCAAUUGUUGCGAUAGGCAUCGCGAAAAUCAAUGACCUAAAUGUCAACGAAAGCUGUUUUAUCGAGUUGGAGAACACAAUGUAUCGACAGGCUAUUGUAAAUGCACCCCGACUCAUUAUCAUAAUUAUUCCCUUGUUUUAGUGAGAGCAACAUCAAUUGACGCCAGAGUAAAUUAAAGACCCAGAGCAUUUCCCAACUAAUCUCUUUGAUGCUAUUUUAAUAACAGACCCCGGAGGUACAGGCUUUUAUAGGAGUGAAAACUCAUCAAUUAUUUAUUUUCCGCCAGUUACAGAAAUGCUCGUGAAAAUAAUGGUAGCUUACUUGAUCUAUGUGAACUGUUGCGUAACUCAGCAUUCCUGACAUAUUCAUUAGCUCUCUUAACCGGGAAUAACAACUAGGUUAUUAACGCUCUGUGAUUUAUUCGACUAAAUGUACAAUGUUAAUACCAAAUGUUAUCAGAUUUUAUAUUGUUUUUGUGAUUGGAUAUUGGAUAUUGGUUGUGUGAUUGAUUUGAAGGCUACAAUGUGGCUCUAAAAUUAAGUCUAUGAAAAACACAUACUGUAACUAUAACACUAAAACAAUUUGAGACAUUUUUGGAGACGAGGCUUAUUAAUGUGUGUUAAAUAUUUUUGGAAAUCUUAAACUAUGUGAUGAACCUCUCCUCCAGCUACAUGGGUGGGCGGCGGCUACAUCAACGGGACGGCAGAGUAUGUCUACCUGCCUGACUACGGCCUGGCCUGGGCACAGGCUCCCUUUGGAUACGCCCUCAGUCUGGUAGUAGGUAAGGACACUUAUCCAAUUGUGUUUGCAUUCAUCAACAUCAAUGAAGGGUAGUAUAUAGUACGGUCGUUCCACCAAUUAGGUGCCUUUUGAGUGGUGUAACUUCGUGAAAAAAAAGAAGUUUUAUUUCUCCAAAUGUUUACAUUCUGUCAUAAAGAGCACAUGUUCAACUUCAUAAAACAACAAGUUUUCCCAUCUCAAGAGGUUAAAUUUUUUAAAAAUAUUGUAGUAAGCCUAUUAGUCUAAGUGCCAAAUAAAGUGUUUACUGUUUCAUGUUAUAUCAGCCAUGAAUCCCCUUGCUAAAGGGGGAAUGGCAGCUUUUUGUGUGCAACAGGAAGUGGUCAUUGAAUGCCAGCUUUACAAAUAAUUUAAAUUGUGAAAAUAUUUCUAGCCUGUCUAUCUAUGGGUAACAGCGUUGAUGAGUUAUGCUCGAACCGCUCAGUUUUUCAACACAAAACACCAGAAAAUGGCCAAAAAUAGUAGAACCAGCUCACCUGCUUUUACAUUAUGAUUUGACUAUUAGAUGUAUAAUGUUUCUUACAAAAAAACAAAAAAAGUUUUUCACCAUAUUAAAACGAGAGUUCACUUCAUGUAACAGGGUUGACCUUAAAAUGAGGGACAGGUUGUCAUUGUUUUUUAACCUUAAAAUGAAUCACUAAUCAUUUCGUGGAACAACCCAGUAUCUCAGUGACAGAUGUGCGUUAAUGGUGUCUCUCUCGUGCUCCAGGUGGCCUGUUCUUUGCCAAGCCCAUGCGCUCCCGGGGUUACGUCACCAUGCUGGACCCAUUCCAGCAGAUAUACGGGAAGCGCAUGGGGGGGCUGCUCUUCAUUCCCGCGCUCAUGGGGGAGAUCUUCUGGUCCGCCGCCAUCUUGUCAGCCCUGGGUAGGCUUGGGAACCAUCCUAUUUUAACUCCAUCAAUUCAAAUGAAAAAUCCUUAUUGAAAAGGAAGAGAUGAGGAAAAUGAAUACAGUAUACAUUCUUCAAUAAUCAGGUCUUAGACUAUAGCACCACAUCGUUAUUUAUUUUACACAUCAGACCUGACUUUAUACCUGCUGCUGAUGUGUGUGUGGCCCUGUGUUUUGUCUAGGGGCUACUUUGAGUGUGAUUGUGGACAUUGACAUCAACAUGUCGGUGGUGAUCUCAGCCCUGAUAGCCAUCUUCUACACCCUGGUGGGAGGCCUGUACUCUGUGGCCUACACUGACGUGGUGCAGCUCUUCUGUAUCUUCCUGGGACUGGUGAGUCCAACACAAAGGGAAAGUGUACUUCCUCCUUUGCCAUACAACAUGACGUGCUCUCCAGCGCUGACCAUGGAGCUGAACAAUACCCCCCCCCCUCUCUCUCUCUCUCUCUCUCAGUGGGUCAGUGUGCCGUUUGCCCUGUCCAACCCAGCGGUGUCAAGCAUCAGUGUGACAGCUAAAGAGGCUGUGUACCAGACACCCUGGCUGGGCAAGAUAGACUCAGCAGACACAUGGAUGUGGAUCGACAACUUCUGUCUUCUGGUAUGUCAUCAGUCACUAUAAUCAUCAGUAAAUUAUAUUGACUAUAAUGUAAUUAUGGUUAGGUUUGGAGUAUGUAUUCAUUAUAAAGCAGUGUGUUGGUUUGUUGUGUAUCGUGUGUAUUGACUGUGGUGUUUCUGUCCCUAGAUGUUGGGGGGGAUUCCGUGGCAGGUGUAUUUUCAACGGGUUCUCUCUGCCUCUUCAGCUACGUAUGCCCAGGUUCUAUCCUUCAUCGCUGCCGCAGGUUGCCUGGUCAUGGCUGUCCCCUCCGUCCUUAUAGGAGCGAUAGGGGCCUCCACAGGUACACACUCACACACAUACACACACACACACACGCAUGCGUGCACACGCACACAGGCACGCACACACUCACAUGCAUACACACACACACACACAUGAACACGCAUGCGUCACACAUGCAUGCAGGCACGCACACACUCACAUACACACACACGCAUUUGUCUCACACAUAUUUUCUCAUUCAUAACGUUGUUCAUAUCCAUGAAUCCAGUCACAUUAUUUGCUAAUGGGAAGUAUGAUCAAAAGCCACAUCUUUCUCUAUUAGCUAUUACAACAUAGCUCAGCUCAGAUGUAUAAACCAGCAGGCAGGAUACAGUGGGUAAACAACACCAGACGGCUCCUGUCAUACAGCACGAAGAGGGAUUCAUUAGAUGUGAUUUCUGUCAAUAUUACAUCAGAAGGAAGACUAAUUAAUUAGGUUGAUCUGAAGAUUCUUCAUCAAAGUCAUCGUUAAUCAACAGCUGUUUGUUGAAGUCCAGAAGAGAGAAGGAGAGAGAGACUGACUGACUAGGGAUAUGACUGACACGGAUGAGUGAGGAGACAGGGGAAGGGGGGAGUGGCAGAAUGGAGGGGGAGAUAAGGUACUCAGAUGGCAGUUACAUGUUCUGAUGUUGUAAUGAUUUAUUCAUCUGCUGAGAAGCUGUAUCUCGCCUGUUGAGAGACAUGCAGUUCCUGUCAUCACUGAUGAAAUGAGAACGUUCAGAAUAGUGUCAUAAUAUGGCUUCGAAACUAGAGAUAUUAUCUAACAGACAGAUUUAAUAACAUCUGCUGUUUGUACGGAUUUGAGUAAAUCUACAGAUAUACAUUUUAUAAACCCUGCCCAUACACAUUUUAUAAACCCUGCCCAUACACAUUUUAUAAACCCUGCACAUAUACAUUUUAUAAAGCCUGCCCAUAUACAUUUCAUAAAGCCUGCCCAUAUACAUUUUGGUACGAAAGUACGUAAACUACUAUGUCUGUUGUAUUCCCCAGACUGGAACCAGACUACAUAUGGGGCAAUUCCUCCCAAAGAGAAGGACCAAUCAGAUAUGAUUCUGCCCAUCGUGCUGCAGCACCUGUGCCCAUCCUGGAUCUCCUUCUUCGGUCUGGGGGCGGUGUCUGCCGCUGUGAUGUCAUCAGCAGACUCCUCCAUCCUUUCAGCCAGUUCCAUGUUCGCCAGAAACAUCUACCAGCUGGCCUUCAGACAGUCUGUGAGUAUACACACAUGCACACACUCGCACACACACACACACACACACACACACAUACACACACAAACACACAUGCAGGCACGCACACACAUGCAGGCACGCACACACACGCAGUAAAUACACAGUACAUACACGGUACACACACAAACGCACACAGUUACAAACGUUAAACACUAAAGCCCAUCACUAAAGUUUCUGAAUAACUUACCAGGACAUUUCUGUCCAUAAACUUCUGGUCCAGUGCUGGGGCCUUCUGGGAAUAAAUCGCUGCCAGAUAUUCAAAUCUAAAUAUUCAAUAUGUAGGUUUGUGUCACAAAUUAAUAUCUAACACAAACUACAAUGUUUAAUUUCUGUAUUUAAAUGUUCACAUAGGUUAUUUGCACAUAUUCAAAUACAUUAAACAGAAGAUAAAUGAACUGAAACAGUCUUGUCCCUCCUCCACCUUUCCUUCUCCUCAACCCCCAUAGGCGACAGACCGUGAGAUCGUGUGGGUGAUGCGUAUCACCAUCUUUGUGUUUGGAGCUCUGGCCACGGCCAUGGCGUUGCUCACGGGGACGGUGUAUGGCCUGUGGUACCUGAGCUCCGACCUGGUCUAUGUUAUCAUCUUCCCUCAGCUGCUCAGCGUGCUCUUCAUCAAGGGAACCAACACGUACGGCUCGGUGGCCGGCUACAUCUUCGGGCUGCUGCUGCGUAUUGGCGGAGGGGAGCCCUACCUCAAACUACCCCCCUUUAUCUACUACCCUGGCUGGGUGCAGCAGGAGAAGAUCCACCACCUGACUGGAGACGUGGAGUACUUCAUCCAGCAGCGCUUCCCCUUUAAAACGGUCUCCAUGCUGGCCUCCUUCCUGGGUAACGUGGCCUUCUCCUACCUGCUCAAGUACCUGUUUGAGUCUGGGACUCUGUCUCAUAAGUAUGACUUCAUGGAUGCUGUGGUGUCCAAACACAGUAAGGAGAUCAUGGACAAGACCACGCUGGUCAGUAAUGACAACAUCAUCCUGUCGGAGAUGGCGCCGGUCAAAACUCGCCUCAGCACAUCACUGGCCGGGACGUUUACGAACAUAGAGGCUCUCAGUGACGAUGAGGAGUCCAGCCCCGAGUCCUUAAACAACGACCACGAGUAG